AUGAUCGUAUCAGCCAAGCCUAUGCUCAAAAUUUGUAUUUUCUGUGCUUUCGCUGUUUUGAGUAGCUUCAGCUCAGCAGAACAGUUGAAUGGCAUCCGGAGAGAUGACAUAACUUAUAAGCCCUAUCCAGGUGACUGCAAUCGCUAUUAUCAGACACGAGCACUUAACUGUCCGACCAAAUCCUACUGGAAUGCCCAAUUGCAACGCUGUGACACCAAUGCGCUGAGCAAUUGCUCGAAAUUUCCGAGUCAACGCGAGGAAGAUUUCAAUGGGUUGUGUAAGGAUAAGCAGGGCACUUUUAUACCCUAUCCCGGAGACUGCACGCGUUUCAUACAGUGCGACUAUUUGCCUUUUGUGAAGAGCUGCCCGCGCUACUUGUACUGGAACUCCCAGCUGCUGACCUGUGACAAAAUCUGUGUUUAGCCAAGAGCAACUAAACUAAA